ACGAAAGCCCGCUCGUUGCACAUGCGCUGUGCUCGCAAGGAUUCUCUUCCCUGCGCUUACCGUAUAACAGUUACGCAUGCGCCGUCGAAGCGGUGAGGGAAAAAACAGUCCAACUUCGGCAGUUCUUGACAGCAGGAACGAGAUGAACAGUGGGGGUGCUGUGACUCUCAGUCCAACUAAAACAGGAGAGUCGCCGCUUUUUGGCGGCGGUAAUAAGCGAGAUUCGUUGGGGUCAGCGCUGUCACAUCCUAUUUUCAAGGAUGCUGGAGAAAUAUAUUCCCGACUUUUGGAUCAUAGACCAGUUAUUCAAGGAGAAAUUCGUUACUUCAUUAAAGAAUUUGAAGAAAAGCGUGGUCUCCGAGAAGUGCGGGUUCUUGAAAACCUAAAGAACACAACUUUUGAGACAAAUGACCAGAUUCUUCCAAAGUGUGAAGAAAUGAUGCAGGGAAAUCUAAAUGAAGCACUCAGGAGAUUACAGGUAGCCAGUGAAAUGAUCAACAGACUCCAAGAGAGAGAGCAGGAAGAAAGACAGCUUCAGACUGAGAAGCUCCUGGCUGGUGAAACGCAAUAUAUAGCACUGCGGGAGGAAUUCAUGAAGGAGCAGCACAACGCAAAAACAGUUGUGGAUGAAGAGCACACAAACGCUAUGGCACGCCUUAAAGAACAAUAUGCUGCAAUGGAAAAGGACCUGGCCAAACAUGCUCUUUAAGAAAGCCUCAUUCACAGUAAGAUGUUUCCUCAUUUGCAGUAUUUCUUUUCUUCUUAUUCCACCAUCUUCCAGUUUCAGGUUUACCAAUGCAGUACCAGAAUUCAAAUGGCAUAGCUAGAAUAGCAAGGUGGAGACCUUGGUAACAACUGGAAUUAAUCUCCAGCACUGAUAUUGGCUGCAUUUAGAUAAUCAAAUCCUAGAUUAAUAAGCCAGGAUAUGCACAAGCACAGUGCCAUCACACUCGGACCUUUUGUCCCCUCCCCCAAUCUUUUGAGUGGGGAAACAAGCUAGGAAGCCACAGUUAACCAUAGCUUCCUGUCAUGUCUGAAUUGGGAAUUUAAGCUUAACAUGUUCCAAACGAGCCAAACUUUGUAAGCCAAUUUUAAACCAUGGACAUGGUUUUCAUAUCCUGGUUUGUUUGGAAACCAUUAACCAUAGGUUCCUGCUCCAUACAUAGCAGGACGUUAUGGUUAACUGAGACUUCCUGAUUUGGUUCCUGUGACUAUAUGAAGGGAAGAGCGAAAGGGCCGCAUAUAGAUGCUAAACUAAGAUAGGAUUUGAUUGUCUGAACCAGGUAAUUACAUUCAGUGUUGUUGUUUUUAAACGAUAAGGCCUGUACUGGAACAGAAACAGUAUUCUGUCUUGAUAAACGAGAUUAGUUGCUCUAUAUCCAUUUAUAAUCAUCCAUCUGGUAAAUCUGCCUUCUGCUUCACACAGGCAAAUCAAAUGAGAUUUCAUUUUGCUCUUUCACAAAGGUUAAUAGUGAAAAUUAAAUUAUAACAAUUCUCCUAAGCCACAAGGCUGUGGAAGUCCAAUGGCCUCAGGUUUAAGGACAAAUUCCUCAUGUUAGAAAGUUCACCACAAAGACACCUGAAAGAUCUCUCAGAAGAAAUUAUCAUUACAGUCUGAUUGUUUUUGACUGAAUAGCAUUGCAACAAUGGAUCCUGAGAUUUUCAAAAGUAUCUCUUAUUUUGUUAUGCAACUUUAUAGGGAGACAACAGCUACUUUUUGUGAGCACUGCAUAUGAGUAACUUUUGCUUGAGCUGAAGUUCUUCACAUAUCAAUUUGUAUUCUUAAAAAGAGAUGGUAUUAUAGAGCAUGACCAGCUCCUGUCUUCACUGUGAUUAAUCGGCAUUAAAUAUUAGAAUAAUAGAGGAAAGUUCCUUAUUAGUCCUUUGUAACCUAACUUUUAAAGAAUGCAUUAAUAACAGGAUGAAAGCCGAGGCAGGCUAAGUGAGGGGCAGGAAAAUCAAGUGUUAUUUUAACAGCUGGGCAGUGUAUAAAAUAGGAACAUGUAAAACAAAAUUACUCAUUAUCUGUGUUGCAACUGCAACAGGCCAACAAUGGUUGUCUGUGUGAAUGUAUGGCUUAGUGUCAAGGCUCCAUCCUGGCAGCCUGUUGAUAAUGUGAUUAAAGUGAGCAGAAGAGAUGGAAUAAGUAUUUGUGAUUUCUUUCAAUAACACUGAACUUCUGCCAAGCUGCUCUGUCCACUACUAUAGGGCUGACAGCUUCAUCAAUCAUCAUCAAGUACCUGGACUGAAAAGAACACUUGCCAACAUGGAGGCAUGCUGGAAUGUGGUUAAUUCUCUUGCGGAUUGGGGUGGGGGAAAUAGAUGACUUUAAAACAGUUCAUACAGUAGGGAAAAAAAGAACGUCUAAUGAAAUCCCUAUUCAAUGCAAAGCAGUUUUUCAGGUGUCUAUGAACGCACUGAUGUAUACACUGAUUAGUAGUGAGAUAAAUUAAGAAUGUGCAUGGCUUAUUACAAAAAUGUCUUUGAGACAGUUUAGAAGGUGGUCCUUGGCUUUAACCCUUCAAUGUGCAUAGGUCUUGAAGGCAAAUACCAACUUUUUAUAGUAAGAAGGCCAUUUUAACAUGGAUAUUGAACUUGGGUUUUUUGUAUUUCUUCUCAUGAAGUAAACUAGAGGUGUGAUGCCACCAAUAUGGUCUUUAUGUGGGUUUUAUAGCCCUGGGGGAGGGAUAGGAGGAAAUUCCUAGAUAGCACCAUGCCUACCACACUGAGCAAUGGCAGCUGCGCUUCCCUGAAGACAUAGCUGCGAGCCUCUCACUGUCUGAAUAUGGCAAAUGUAUGUCCCCUUAUAUCUCUGCUUCACAGUCCUCCAACAUCCACAGCUUCCUUUCCUGCCCACUCCCAGCCUGCCAAUAACUCACAGCCCAUCUUGUGCCUAGCCUGGGUGUUUCCCUCGUUCCAGCUUCUUCUUGAGCUCUUCCAUUACUCAUUUUCCACUCUUUCUUUCAGCCCAUUGCCCUCUGCCCUGCCUCCUUCAGCCACUCUAAUACUUAAACAACCAGCUUCCUUGCCUACCUCUCUACAUUUAUCUUUUAUGCCAGUAAUAUACACCAGGGGCAGGCAGGGAACAGGGUCUGGUUAGUGGGACAGAUCCUGAGCUCCCCUACCCUGUAUGAGCUAUCUUUGACAGGUGGACAGAGCUGCCCACCUGCCAAUAACCUGACUAUUGCCAUGACAUCAGGCGAUCAAUUUUUCCUUUGCAUACAUGUGGGAUCAGCUGUGACUUCAAGCCCCACUUUUUGGUAGCAAUCAACUUCACUUUGGAGUUCCUGAUUGUUCCACUUGGCCAAGGAACAAUCAGGAGGGCACUUUAAGGUUCCCUGUUAUUCCUUGGCAGCUGCUUAUUUACCUGCUUUAUUAUUAUUAUUUAAGCGUGUUAGUCACGUUAUCUAAAGGGUCUUAAAGCGACCUAUAUUUAAAAACAUAAAUAUACAUACAUAUGAAUGAAUAAAUCUUUAAUUGCUCAAAGCCAUUGGCCACCGCAAUAAAAUACAAAUACAAAUGCAAUACAAAUACAAAAACAUAUACAAAUAUUAAAACCGAGCAAUAGAGGAAACAAACGAAUAAUUUAAAAAGGAAGAAGCACCUUCCAAUCUUAUUUUGGCAAUUUAGGAGCAAGUUUACUUUUGGACCGCCGCUAAUUGUUUUACAUAUUUGGCUCUAAUUUUUCCGGCAGCCACGGCAAAAUUAGCCACUUGUGUUAAAAAAAUAUCGCUGCCAACUAAAAGGAUGCUUAUUUGCUCCAUUAUGGGCCUACUUGACAUGGAGUGAAUGAUAGAAUGUAAAAAUUUAAACCUUGGGUCUUUAUAAAGUGGACAUCUCAAAAGAUAGUGAGCGAUGUCCUCCACUUCUCCCAGGUGACAUAUGCAUACACGAAGGUGCCUAGGGGUGUUGGCAUAUUGCCCUUCAAGCAUAGCUGUAGGCAUAGUUUGAAGGCGUAAAGCCGUAAAGGACCUUCUCAAUGACGGGGCUAUUAAGAAAGUGAAAUAUUGUUCCAUGGUAAAGGUCGUUUUGAACCAUGGAUACCAAAAUGAAAAAGACAGUUGAGUGGAAGAAUGGAGGGUCCAUCGCUUGGUAUACAAAUAUAUUCUGUCCUUCAACAAUUGUUUAGCCCUCAUCAGGGGCUGUGAGGGUGAAGGGUCAAUAUUAAUUCCAUAAACGGCAAGAGUAAAUUUAGUCCGUUUUAGCCAGGUGUUGUAGAAGGGGGACUGUAAUUGUUCAAGAAAGCAUUUUUUGGGUAGGCGGGAGUCGCACAUGCAUGCAAGUCUUAGCCAAUAUGUGGCCAGGGCUGCAUGGGCCAAGGAUUCUAUGGGGUAAAGGCCUGUCUCUAGCCUUAAAAGGGAUACAGGCGUGCUUCGGGGAAUUGCCAAGACAAAUCUAAUAAAGGUAUUUUGAACUUUCUCUAGUGAAGAAAUAUUUUCAUGUCCCCAAAUCUCUGCGCCAUAAAGAAGUUGCGGAAUUAUCUUCUUACGGAAGAUCUCUACCGCUGGGGGAACCAAACUUCCUCCUUUAAAUUUAAAAAAAUGGCAGAGAAGUUGAGAGGAGUGGGUAGCCUUCAACCUGACUAUUUCAAAAUGAGAAUUCCAAGAGAGGUUAGAAUUGAAAUUGAGACCCAAGUAGCGGUAACUUCGUUGUUGUUGAAUGGGUCUACCGUUAAGUUUCUAGGUAUGAUUUUUCCUUUUUUCCCCCGAACACUACCACCUUCGUCUUAGAGUGAUUAAUUAGAAGGUGUUCUUUAGAGCAAAACAGACCCAAACUACGUAGCAAUCUCCUCAUGCCAAUUUGAGUGGUCGAAAUUAGGCCUAAAUCAUCGGCAUAUAGAAGCACCGAGAGCUUAGCA